AGCCAUUAUUAUUGCUAAUACUAAUUGGCAAAAUAUUGGAUUAUUGGCUGAUAUUGGUCGUGAAAUCGGCUCUCAUAUCCCCAUUUACACCAGCCAUCCGAGCAAAUUAAUUUUGUCUUAUCUUUUCCCUCGAUUAAGAAAUAAAAUAAUUGCU